AAGUAACUCCUCCUGGAUUGAGAUUGAGACAACAGUAAAGGCAGUGACCGUUUUUUCACUCCAGUGAGUGCAGAUCUCAGACUUUGCCUUACGGUGGAGGAUGUUGUCCCUGAGACGGGUGGCCCCUGGAAUACUGUUCUGCGUCUUUAAAGAGCAACUCUUCCUUCAGUGCCGAAUGUGUAGUCACCUCUGUCUGGCAGUGCCUGAAAAAUAUUUGAAGGGGAUGAGAAUGAAUAAGAAAAGAAACUGCAAAUCUGCUCUCUAUUUAUGCCUCUACAACUGGCCAACGACUUGCAUCAGAUUUCCAAGACUAGUUCCUACUUCUGUUUUUAUUACACUAAUUCCAAUUCUUCUCCCUGCAGUCUAGAUGGUAUUCUUUAUUCCUGAAGCUGUUUAUGUUUUUUUGCAAUGCUACUCAGUUCUCAGGCAAGCGCAACUGGAAUGCAGCAAAAGACUUGCAGAGAUACAGACAUCGUUACCCGGGUUUGGUAGAACCAGAAAAUGAUGAGGAAGAAGAGAUGUGGAACUUAAGCUUUUACAGAAAUGAAAUUUGUUUUUUGCCCCAGGGUUUGCAUAUUGAAGCUCUUCUUGAGUCUUGGUGGGACAACUAUGAAGUUCUGGAAGAAAACCAUUCUUACAUACAAUGGUUAUUCCCUUUACGUGAACAUGGGAUGAACUGGCAUGCCAAGCAACUCACACGUCAAGAAAUUGAGGCCUUUAAGAAGUCCGAAGAAGUUAUGCAAAGGUUUGAACGUGCUUAUCAACUCAUGUUGAGAUUUUAUGGAAUCACUCUGACUAACCAGAAAACUGGAGAACUUGAAAGAGCAGAGAAUUGGACUGAAAGGUUUCAAAACCUGAACCGAUUUAGCCACAACAAUUUGCGGAUUACUCGCAUCCUGAAGUGCCUGGGGGAGAUGGGAUACGAACACUAUCAAGUGCACUUGGUGAAGUUUUUCCUAACAGAAACUCUUGUUAAGGAGACGCUGCCAAAUGUCAAGAGAAGUGCCUUGGAUUACUUUCUGUUCACUAUCAGAAGCAAACGGAAGAGAAGAGAACUAGUCCACUAUGCCUGGCAACACUUCAAGCCUCAGAGCAGCUUUAUAUGGGCACCACAGGACAAACUGUUGAAGUACAGACCCUGCUCAGCCAAGACACAGCUGUACCAAAAAGAUGAAAAUAAACAGGAACCUCCUGGUAAAAAAAGUGAUGAUUCUGUGGAAAACGAUCAGAAAGAUGAGUUGUUAGAGGAGGAACAGAAAGUUAGAGAUAAUGCAGACUUACAGCCUGAAGAAGUGAAUGAAGAAGACCUAAGAGAGAAGUUAAGUGAACAUGUUUCACAGGGUGGGGAUGGUGAAGAAGAGAGAGACCCUUCAUUUGCCCGACAGGAGGAGAAGGAUUUGAAUAGCGAGGCUGAAGAAGUACAGAGUACGACAGAGAAUGACUGUGCAAAGGAGAGCAAGAAGAGAAAACUGGAUGCAAGUAGGGCAGACACUAAACACAGUGAGCCAUUGAAAAGCCCAAAUGAUAUUGAAAAAAUUUCUCGUAAUCUAGGAGAAUGUGCAAUUGAUGCAGAAAUCCCCUCCUCGGUUCCAGUCUUGCAGACGGAAGAGGACCAGGAAAUACCUAAGGACGACGCUGUAAAAACUGAAGAGGUAAUGGUGCCAGAGGCAGCUGACGCAGCUGUAAAACGGAGGAAAGUUGAUAAAAGAACAAUGAAAGGCAGAACAUGCACCUUGGCCAUUAACCUGAACAUGAGACCCCCUGCUGUCAAUGCCCCGUUAAAUCCACCUGUUGCAAACACUGAGACUGAGGAGGGAAGAGUUAGUGAGAAGACGACAGCUGUGGAAGAGGCCAGUGAGAACACUGGUGGUGAUACAAAAGGUGGAGUUGUGGACGUCCCAGCUGAGUGCAAGGUCCCCAAGAGAGACGGGACUUCUCCAGUAAGCGAUGACUUGGACUCAGGUGGAGAUCAAGUCACAGCAGAGAGUGACCGUUACCACUGCAGUAGCGUUCUCCUGGGAUGCAAAAGUGAGGCAGACAAGGUAGAGCGGCAUGAAAAGGCAGAAGAAAAUGCAAACGAAAAGAUGGAAGCAAAAGCUAUAGGCAAGAACCAAAAUCAAGAGAGUCUUGAGCAAAGCAUGGCAUCCGUUUGUCCUGAACAAGACAGUGCUGAGGUUGCAAUACAAAAAGGUGAUAGCUCUCAGCCUGUGGCAGAAUCUAAUGAAGAGCAAGUAGCAACAGAGCGAGACGAGCAUGGCAACAGUACUUGAGCAAGCAGAGAAGAGACUGCUUUAACUGCUGGGAGCCAGCUUUGGUGAUACGGAGAGCAGAGGUACAUGGAAAAAUAAAUUUCCUUCGGACUGAUACUGCUUAAACCCAGUCUGACCUUCAUCUUCCACCCUUUUUUAUUUUUCAGUCGUUUGUAGUGACUUUGGGAACCAGCCCUUGCUUACCCUACAGAGGAAAACUCUAAUUUAGUCAUCUUCAUGGAUGGACUGUGUCCUAUUACUGUUUUUUAUCCAAUAUUCAGGACUACUUGGGAGCAACAGGGAUUUUUGCUCUAUGCUUUGUUUCUGGUAUGUCCUUUUUUUAAAGAGAAGAGGAAAAAUAAUCUGUGUCCUUGUUUGAACUAGUCAUGUAUGAAAUACAAGAUUUUUAAUGCAGGACAGACAGCAUGAGCUACUUUGCUUUCUUUCUUUUACUAUAUAACUUCUCUCUGUUAUUUGAAAGUCUACACCUUCACUGAAGGCUUAUUUACUCCUGGCAAAGGUGCUGUGUGUCCGCUUCCUAGGGCGGAAAUUGUAAUUUUUGUGGCAUUUGCCUGAAAGAAAUGAGCACAUGCAUUUCUCAUGCAUCUAAGAGUGUAGUUGCCCCACUCCUCCUGUAAGAAAAUAGAUUUGAGCUUAACCUGGGAUAAAGAGACCUUUAGACUAUAUCUGUUAUGACCAGGAUUAACCUUUGUGUAUAGAUACUGUUCCUCGUAAUGCAAAGUGUUGAGUAAUCUGUUCACUUCGUCCCCAGCAGAAAUUUCCUGGUAGCGCUUGUUAAGAGUUGCUGAGAGUAUGAGUUGUCUAACAGUGUCUAAAAGCAACACCUUCAAACUUUGUUUGAAGCUGUUUGGAGCUCUUUUUUCCCAGGUUUUUUUAAUCACUUCCAGGCCUUUGAUAGUCUUCCGCACACAUUUCUGUCUGCUGCUGGUUCAAAGGCCUUUCUUUUUGCCAAAAUAUUGUUUAUUUUUGCGUCUUUUCAGACUUUGUGGUUAAUUUCAAGUGGCCUUUGGUUGUCUUUUCUGCAGGCCCAUUGAAUGAAGUCGGAUGUGUCAAAUUUAAACAACUUCUUAGUUAUGGCAGAUCUUUUAGUAUUAACAAUCAGGAUGUCAGACAGCAAGGGCAUGUUCUACUGCAGCAUGUCUGGAAAUCACUGGGGCUUUGUUGUGGAGCUAUUAGUUGAGACUAUUUAAUUGGAGGGAGGAGUAGACUUGUCUGGUUCACUUAUUUACAGUCCUAGAGAAUUUAAUCUCGGACCUUGCCAGCUAUUUGCCUGCCUUAAUGUUACUGCCCUCCCCCGUCAGCCAUUCUGCCUGACUUACACAGUAUUCAGCCAAGUCUGAAAGAGCAUUAAGCAAUUUUGCACUUUUGCUCCUGGAGAUUUACAACAGGGGAUCUGUUUCAUGAAGUAAAGGAAACCAUUCCUAACAGCCAGAAGGGCUGGACUUGGUGUUUGCUCAGAUUGUGUGUCUUAGUCGUGGGGUUUUUAGGUGCUGUUUGCUUUGUGUAGGUUGGUGGCUUGCCAGAAAGCUGAUGCAGUAGUCCUUGCAAUGUUAAUGUUUCUCCUCUCUCUGCUACAGCUCUUAAGAAGCUUCAUCUCUCAAGGAAUUUGAUCUGUGAUUUGCCUUCCUAGUAUGUGGGCCCUGAUCGAGCAUGCCACAUACAUAUGUGGAGGUAUAAAAGUCCUCAAGGUUAAGGAGAUCAUUUAAUGGUCAUGGUUACACACAGGCUGGAAAACAGCUUAAAUGUUUUUAAAAACAUGUCUUUUUCUUUUAUGGAAAAAUGGUGUUAAAUAGCCACUAACAAUACAAUUAACUACAGAUACAAAUACUUGAACAUGUUGAAUGAAAAAUCUUUCAUAAAAGAUUCGUAAGAAAUUAUUAAUGAUAGUUUUUGUACAGAUUUACAGGUUGUGGGUGUUUGAUUUAAUGAACUUUCCAUUGUGAAUAUGUGCUCAGUUGGGGGCUAGAUCAUAAAUCUUGUGUGGUGACGUGCAGCUUGUUUGUUCCUUUUAAUGAGAUUGCAGUGAGAGCCUUAGUCUGGAGUGCGCAGGCUGUUCCCUAUCAUGAUCGGGUUUAGAAUUUCGGCUGUGAUGUUUGCAGUGGGUUCACAGGAUGUGUUUUCCAUCACUUGGAGCUGUAUGAUGGAGUCUAUUAUGUUAAUGUCACCCAUUAAAGCAUGAUUUCAAUGCGCA